AUGAAUUCGUAAUUUUAAUAAUAAGAUAAUUAUAAUGAAGAUCCAUCGUCAAAAGAGCUUAAUUUAUAUGUAUAAAAUUUACUUAAAUAAAUGCAAGAUAAAUUUGAAGAUAUGAGUUCAAAUAUAGUUGGCAGAAUAGAUGAAAUGAAAAAUAGAAUAGAUGAUAUAGAAAAAUCUGUAACUGAUUUAAUGAAUGAUUUAGAAGUAGAUGAUGUUGAUUUAAAUAUGAAAAAAUGA